AUGGCGCUGCCUUUGGCGUCGCUGUUAGUGCUGCCUGCCGCAGGGCAGCCGCCCGCGCGCGAAGCGGAAGUCCCGGAGCUGAAUGCCACGACGCCCCCACGACCGUGGUACCAGGUCUACGAGAGUCGCCUGAAGACCGGCAUUUUCUACUUCUUGAGCUGUGUGGUGCUGGUGGGCUUUUUGGGGGACCAGUACUACACUCACCUGGGCCGCCAACGGCGGAAACAGCGGCGGCUACGGGAAGAGGCUGACGCCGCCGCCGCGCCCAAGCCGAAGAAGCUCUCGGCGCCGGACCGGCAGCGUCAGGAGCUGCUGACGGAGGCGGUGCGCAGCGUGGUGCAAAGGCACCCGAAGCCCGACGCCACCAACGCCUGA